UCAGAUAUUUUUGUUCUCUAAAAGUUUUACAACACUGUCAGCAACUUUACUGCGGCGGCAAAUAGUGAAAUUGCAAGUAAAUAACAAAGUAAAAUAAAAUGAACAGACCUGAGCCACCGCUGAAUAGAAUACCGGGUACAUCCCAGGUCAAGGAAAAGCAUAGUAAAGAUCUUAAAAAGCUGAUGUACCACGAGCUACUGGAAAUCAGAGAUAGGCAAAGCCACCUCUUGGCAUCCAAAAAACGUUUGCAGCAAUUGCCAGACAAAGGUAAGCGCAUACAGGAGUCCUAUGAGAAGUUGCUCGCCGAGAUUCAACGUCGUAACGAUGUGGAGGAAGCUGCUAAUCUACUUGGCGAGCUGAACAUUGCGUCCAAAGGCAAGAUAACGCUUAACAAUCUGGAAUGGCAUGGCCGCAGCAUAGCUGAUGACAGUUCCCACAUGGACGAUGUGCUGGACAGCGAUGACGAGCAAGAAAUCGAUCCGUUGCGUAUCAUAGCCAAAGGCACAAUGCAUGAACGUCAAGUGAAAGUGCUACCGCCACCAGCCACACUUAUUACUGCUGAGGACUUGGCAGACAUGGCAACGUUUAGGUCUCCAACUGAAUCACCCGACUCUGCGCUGGCCGAUCAGAGCAUAUCUAGUGGGAAAGAGACCAGUGAAUCGAUUCCCGCGGAAAUAAUAGAAAUUGAUGCUGCCACUUUGGCCGCCAAACGUUCACUGGAAACGGAUCAGCAUUCACUCUAUCUCAUUGGCAAGACCGAAGUGCAGGCAACCACAAUAGAACGUGAAAAGUUUAAACCCUUUCGCACCACAGUUUCCAAUGUACAUGAUCCGGACAAGGAGCGUUUACGCAAGAAAGGUAAAUAUUGGGAAAACACAGCAGCAACGCCGCCACUGAUACAACACAGAGAGAUUCAGUUGGUGCCACUAACGGAAUCCGCCAAUCUGCAAGUCGAUUUUAUGCAGAAAGUCAAGGAACUGCGCGUAGAGCAGGCAGAGCAGCGUCUGGCCAGGCAGAACAAAUAUCGCGAUCCUGUGGUGGAAUAUCUAAUUGAAGGCAAACAAAGGGCUGGCGAAGCCAAUGAAGUUCAUGAUCCAGCAAUUUCUGAGAAGGUCGCUAGUGGCAUUAAUUAUACAGUUUACGAAUGAAGAUUUAUUUGUUUUAAGUGCUAGCUGCAUUAGGUAAAAAGUUAUGAAAGGAAGGAUUAGAAAUCUUUUAAAAUCAAUUGAUUAAUUCAAGUCUGCUCAACCUUUACUUUACUUUUUGUUAAUCCUUGAACUGUUUGUGAACUGAAGCUCGGCAAUAAGCAACAGAUGCUCUACGAAUUGAAUAUUAUUAUUACAACAAAAUGGUUAUUAA